AUGCUGCAACGGGGUAGAAAAAAGGCACCAGGAUACGAUGGUCUCACGGCUGACAUCUGUGAAGUAGCAAUUACUCUGGAUCCAACAAUGUUUUUGGCGCUGGCCAAUAAGUGUCUCAGUCUGGCAUACUUCCCCAAAAAAUGGAAAGAGGCAGUAGUAGUAGUGCUGCGGAAGCCGGAGAAAGUAGACUACACACAUCCCAAGUCUUAUAGACCGAUUGGACUGCUCCCUGUCCUGGGAAAAUUUUUUGAAAAGAUGCUAGUUAGAAGGGUUAAAUGGCACAUUGUACCCAAAAUCAGCCUGAAACAAUAUGGUUUCAUGCCACAGCGCAGUACCGAGGACUCCCUCUAUGACAUGAUACGGAUCAUAAAAGAUGAGCUAAAAAGGAAAAAGCUAAUCAUAUUAGUAUCUUUGGACAUAGAGGGAGCCUUCGAUAACGCAUGGUGGCCGGCAAUAAAAUGCAGACUAGCAGAGACGGGGUGUCCGAAAAAUCUAAGGCGCCUCAUAGAUAGUUACCUGGAAGAUAGAACAGUCUGCAUUAGGUACACGGGAGCGGAAUGGGCCAAAAAGACUACAAAGGGAUGUGUGCAAGGUUCUAUAGGGGGUCCUUUAUUCUGGAAUUUGCUCCUUAACCCACUAUUAAAGGAGUUAAACGGCAAAGAAGAAUAUUGCCAGGCUUUCGCAGACGAUGUGGUCCUGAUUUUCUCCGGGUACAGGGCAUCGGAAGUGCAGGAUAGAGCCAAUACAGCCCUCGAACGUGUUCAGAAGUGGGGAGUCAAAAACAAGCUUAAAUUUGCGCCGCAAAAACGAAAACCAUGGUCAUUACGAAUAAGAUAA